UGAUUUUGUUUUAAUUUGAGUUAAAACAAACAUAUAAAUACUUCCAAACCUACCUAGCCUUUCAUAACCUACGUUAACCAAACCUAACUUAACCUAUCAUACGUUAAUUUAGGUUACGUUAGGUUACCUAACGUAACCUAAAUUAAAACGAAUUUAAUCCUAUAUAAUAGAAUGGAAAGCUCUAUCAUUUCAUAAGCUUUUUUUUAAUAUAUAUAAAUUUAGGAAAAGUCGGCUAAUUUUGCAAACCGGUCCUUUCAUAUUAGGCUAAGUAGUGCGUUCUGGCUAAAAUUGUUUGCAUGAAAUCAACUUUUCUUUCACUCUAUUAAGAAUUCAAGGACUGGCAUGUUAAGACAUAUAGCUGACUUGGAAAGGUACGAGCGCAUUCAAUACAUCAGUAUGGAGGAACUGUCUGAAAGCUUCAAUAAGCUUAGAAGUAACACCCAUUACGUUGUAAUAUCAGGAAAUAAGCUGGUGAAUUCGAUGAUUGGCGACGAUUUCUCACGAAAAGGUGAGUGUGACUUUUACGUGGCGAGGGAGGAGUUCCUGCCGCUGAUGUACUGUAUUUUGUGUGCCAAGGGACACCCCCUGGUGCCUGUCUUCAGCAGAAGACUCAUGAGGAUAGAUGAAACCUGGCUCUACAAUCAGGAGUUAAAACAAUUGUUUGCAAACAGUUCCAACUGUUCCAAUCCGCCGACCCAGGUUGUUAUCCAGACUUCACUCUCUAUUGUUAACAUCAAGGGCAUGUUCCUUGUGCUGGUGUGCGGCCUCGCUCUUAGUCUCCUUGUCUUUGGCAUGGAGCUCCUGCAUAGUCAUGGACUUUCUGCAAAGUCAUGGAGCUCCAGUAGAGUCAUCGAGCUCCUUCGUAGUCUUGGCGUUCCUGUAUAG